UCCCAGCGGCAGCGGCCCCGGCGCGGCCCCAGCCGGCAGUCGGGGCGCUGCGCCGGGCCCUGAGCGCCCGCGGCCCCGCAGAGCCGCGGCCGGCGAGGCCCGGAGCGCCCGGCCGAGGAUGGGGAUCCUCUUCACCAGGAUAUGGAGGCUCUUCAACCACCAGGAGCACAAAGUGAUCAUUGUGGGCCUGGACAAUGCAGGGAAAACGACCAUUCUGUACCAAUUCUCCAUGAACGAGGUGGUUCACACCUCUCCCACCAUCGGGAGCAACGUGGAGGAGAUCGUGGUGAACAACACGCGCUUCCUGAUGUGGGACAUCGGGGGCCAGGAGUCCCUGCGCUCCUCCUGGAACACCUACUACACCAACACCGAGUUUGUGAUAGUUGUGGUGGACAGCACAGACAGAGAGAGAAUUUCUGUGACUAAAGAAGAGCUGUAUAAAAUGUUAGCACACGAGGACCUGAAGAAAGCAGGAUUGCUGAUCUUUGCUAACAAGCAGGAUGUGAAGGAGUGCAUGACAGUAGCUGAGAUCUCCCAGUUCCUGAAGCUGACUUCAAUUAAGGAUCACCAGUGGCACAUUCAGGCCUGCUGUGCUCUCACUGGAGAGGGGCUGUGCCAAGGACUGGAGUGGAUGAUGUCCCGGCUGAAGAUCAGAUGAUUUUUAAUGACCUCUUUGCACGGACAUUGCUGCAGCAGAGCUGUCCCAGUGGCAGAUUGGUGGGCUGGAUGUAUUUAUACUGAACUGAUGGCAACUGUAUUUUCUACAUAGCUGCACACACACACACACACACACACACACACACGGACAGGAACUGGGAGCAGGCACAGGAGCAAAGGAGCACUUGGGGCUCCAGGUUGGUUCGGGUUCCUCGGAGGACGUUCAAAGCUGUGACCAACCUUCUUUUCAAGCUGCCCCUCGGAACAGUCCGGCCUUGGGCGUGGGGAGGAUGGAGCCAGAGGAAGGAGCUUUUAAUUUAGAGUUUUAUGAUCCCAUUGUAGCCCUCUCUAGUGGAAGUUGUUGGCUUCAUUCUUGCAGUAAAUCAGCGAGCGAAUCUCUGGCGUAGGUAUCGACUCUCCGGUGUUUCUGAGGCCGCCGAUGUUACAAAAGCAAAACUCUUCUCCUGUAUGUGUACUGUACAUAUUUGUGUAUAUUUAUACCUCAAUCCUAGGUUAAUUGCAAUCUGCUCAGACCAGUGCAAAGCUGAAUCAGUAUGGUGGCAGUAGUGCUAAUCUGUGACACGGCCACGUCCCCGUGUCCGCACGGCUGUAACGUCAGUCACACCUUGGCUCUCCACAACCUGAUCAACAAACUCUCUCUUCAGCCCAUUGCUUGUUUCCCCACAUGAUUCUUGGAUUAGGGAGGAGGCUGGAAUGGAUUGAGGCACGUGGAUUCAGCUUCGAGUUCCAGGGUUGGCAAACAGAACAAAUUUGCCAAAGAGUUUCAGAUAAAAUGGGUUUUCCUCUUUUAUUGUGGUCGUCACUGGAUUGGGUGAUGCUGCAGGUCCUGUCCACUGCUUUUCUUCUCUGCUGUGCUGGUUGAUUCAGGUCUGGCAGAAACACCUUUGGCUGUCAAAAAGGGAAAAGUAUCUUUUUUCUUAACCAAAGAAGAGGCACAAAAGUAGGUUUGAAAGGGUCACUGGAAUCAUACAAGUCAGACUCUAAUGAAGUGUUUUUCAGAGGAAAAACUCUCUUUGCUACAUAAAAUGUACAGAUAUUAAAAUGUGCAGAUGUAUCAAUACGCAGUGGAGGGGACUGGAUGGGGACAAAGCAGGUGACACUACUUGAAAAGCUCCAGGUGACCCACACGAGUUCCAGGGCAGAACUUCUUGAAAGCAGAACUCCCUUGCACGGUCCCCAGGCAGUGUGAGAACACUAGGAUCACCUUUCCCUGCUGCAGCUCCUGCUGGGAUGGCUGUCCCAGGCAGAAGGGGGUCAGAAUUCCCACUUCAGAGGAUGCAGGCAGUUGGGAAGGCAGUGGCAUGGUUGGAAAUGUCAGGCUCUUCUGUGGGAGAUGCAUUGGGAGUUCAGCAAAAUGAAACAAAACUGUGCUUAAAAUGUUCUUCCCUUUCUCAGCCCCCGUGUCCGGUAAGGAUGGAAAAGGCAUUUUAAAGACAUUCUAAAGCUUAGUUUGAACUUUUUAAGGUGCUUCUCUUUGGUUCUGGGAUAAUCUGGUCAGCUCCUGCCUUCCUGCCCACCUGGCUCCCUGGGAGCAUGGGAAUCCUGGGGAAAGGAGGGGAGGCAAAUCUGUAAGUCUGUAUUUAACAAAGGCAGGGAAAGAAUUUAACUUUUUAAUCUAUUUUUGGUAUCUCCAACGCUCCCUGGCUGGGGGAUCUGCUGUCUUUGUUAAACAUUAAGGUGUACAUGCAUAUAUCUCUAGUGCAUGCACAUAGAUCUUGAUAUUUAACUGGUGUAUUGCAAAAUGUGUCAAUGUUUGAAGAAUUAACAAUUUAAUGCAAAGACUCUCUCAGUUUCUCUGACAGUAUCUACAAGCAAAGAGCUCUGUGCACACUUGCAUAUGAAAUGGAACUGUACAUUUUCUAGUCUAAAAAAAGAAAAAGCAGACUUGCUUCUAAACCCAAGUGUUUGGUUUUUGAGUCUUAUGUCUUCCCUGGGCUGAGUCCACGCAGGCUGGGUGAGCUGGGGGCUGGCUGCUAAGAAAAGGAGUUGUUGCUGUUGGUGGUGGAGCAGUGCUGGGAUUUCUGCUGCUUGGUUGUGCAUUUGCAGGAACUCUGUCAGGUGAUGCAGGUGUGGUGGUUGCUGCAGGUGUGGGUUGUGUUGCAAGCAGGUGCUCUGUGUUUACACAUCACUUAGGCUGGUUUUACUCUUUCCCUCCCCGUGCCACUUCCCUUGCUGCGGCCUCUGAGGUUCACCUUGACUUGGUUUCCCCAGUGACCACAGAGCCCAGCAGGGCCUGGGAGUGACUGCACAGCUCAGGACUGGCUCUCAGACAGGGUUUUCUGUGCCCCGAGGGGUUUAGAAUGCAAACAUUCAAUUGUUUUCUCUGUGUUGGUCAGUGAACGACCCAGGGUUAACUGCAGACAUCUCAUGGGUCGCUGUCAGCUUUCUGUGUGUUUUCUGUUUUUCAGGGCAACUGUAGCCAGAAUUCAGUGGUGGUUGAUGUUUCCUGACACACUGUGGUGUUGUCCAGGGCUUUUGGGGUUUAAAUGCUGAUUUUCAGUUUGUGGGGAUGGUGGGGUUUGUCAGCAGAGGUGACAAUUCCAGACUCACCUGGAGUGGUUGCUGUGAUCAAUUCCAGACUCUGUGAUCAAUUCCAGACUCUUUGAUCAAUUCCAGCCUGUGUGAUCAAUUCCAGACUCACCUGGAGUGGUUGCUGUGAUCAAUUCCAGCCUGUGUGAUCAAUUCCAGACUCACCUGGAGUGGUUGCUGUGAUCAAUUCCAGACUCUGUGAUCAAUUCCAGACUCUCACCUGGAAUAUUUGCUGUGAUGGUGCUUUGAAGUGCACGUGUGUGAACUCAGAAAUGUUUUAUAUUUAGUCACUGAGAAGAGCAGCCAAACUUUUGAUCUCUCGACCCCUUUGUGUUUUGUGCCAGUGCUCCUUGUUGACAGCUUUUUUCUUUUCCCUGCAGGGGAAUUCCCAUUUUUCUCCCAGCUCUGUCCAUAGGAAAUCCAGGGAGCUUUGCAUCAGUGCUGCUCCCACUGGGGAUUGCUGGGCAGGGGUUGCCUUGCCCUGGGUGUGACCUUGGUGUGUGAUGCUGCUGUUUCACCCUCGGGGUUCUGCUGCUGCUUUGGCUUCACCUGAAGCUCAGGCUUUGCCUUUGUUCUCCAUGAAAUUCAUUCUUAGGAAAAAGGAGGGGCCUUAAAAAUGGUUAUUGAAGUAAUGCUGCAAAAUGGCAUUUUAGUAGCCAAAAAAAAAAAAAUUAGUUUUCAAUAAUCUGAUACUUCAAAUGUUUCUUUUGGUUCAGAAGAUCAUCAGUUUGGUAAAUCAUCUCUGGAAUAUGCUGGUUCUGGCAUCUGGGAAUUACACAGGUCUUUAAUUGUGAGGAGAGGUGGAAAAUAAACUUGGGGAAUGUGAACAGCUUCAUUUUUUAAUAUCUUUUCUUUUUGGGAGGCUGAGCAGCUGCUCUGCUGAGCAAUGUGUAGGUGUGUGAUUGGUAAAUGCACCUGACCAGCACCUUCCACAUCUCUGCAGCUCAAGUGCCUAAAUCUAAUUCCAUAAUCAGCUUUAUUUCCCAUUCCCUUACAACAGAGAUACAUAUCUAGAAAAGCCUCCCAGUGUGUGGAAAUGAGUGGGUUUUUCCCUCCCCACACCCAAGUUUUAACAGGAUUUGUGAUAAAUUUGUUACAGUUCUCCCAUCCCUGCCAUUCCAAGCACUUUUCCAUUUAUCAGGCAUCACUGGUUUUGCUUUGGGACAGGAAAUACUGAAUUUGUCCUUGUGUCGGGGGGGUUGGCUGGAAUUCCUGUCGAGGGACUGUUUAAAUAACUCAAUCCAGGAAUCCUUGGCCUUGGGAAGCUCCUGGUGGCAGCGCUUCCUUCCUCGCUGGCUGGUGGAACACGAAGUUUGUCACUGUGGGAUGAAUUAGGUGUGAAAAGUCGUUUUCAGCUAAUUGAGAUGAAUGCGCUGGGCAGCCCUGGGCAGGGCAGGGCUGAUCCCGGCGCACCAAGUGGCGCUGAGGAAGGAAAAUGUCUUUGCACUCGUGUGGUAAUGCAGAUGUGGCCUGGUUAUAAAUCCAGAUGUGACUUGAAUAUAUAUUGUUGUGGUGAAUACAUUAAAUGGCCAAAAAUGAUGAAUUGUAAGGGGCUGCCACUGUAGCUUUUUAUUUAAUGUGUGAGAAUCAGGAGCAGGAAUUCUCUCCUUGCCUUAAGAGGGCCUUACCAGUGAAUUUUUCUAUUGUAGCUUUAUCCACAGUGGAGUCACUUUACCACCCUGAGCCUGUUAAGCCAGGCUUUGGGUAAGGACAGAGCAGGGUGGGGUUUUUAAGCUUUUCCUAUCUGUAAAUGUACAAAACUCGGCUGAGACUGGAGGAAGCCAGAAAAUGCUGCUUUACCUGGAAGGCUGGGAAUCCUUCCUUGGACAUCUUCAGCUCAGCGCUCUCCUUGUCUAACUGGGCAGGGGGCCAAGAAAAGCUGGAUUCUGUGCAGAGGUUAAAAACUCAAACCAGCUCAGCCUGCGGGUAACGAGGUGUGACCGAGCAAUGGGGACAGCCCCGGUGUCACUGUGUCCGUGCCGAGCGUCCCUGGAUGUUUCAGCACCCUCGGUUUUUCUCUCCAACCCUCGGGCCCGGCUCUCCGGAGCUGCCUCGGUGCAAGGCUGGGCUUGGAGCAGCUUUUACCCAGCCGUGCUCGGGUAAAAGCCGGCUCCGGGCAGGCGUUGUGCCCCGGCCGGUGUUUGCAGAGGGGAGGAACAUCGCGAGUGCCCCGCAGCGGGGCCGCCUUUCCUUUGAUCGCUUCUCCUUUGUGCUUCUCCCCCUCCAGACUUUUGUCAUCUUCCUGAAAGAAACGCAGCCAGGACGUGGCCAGCGCCGAGACUGCAGGAAAAUUUCAUUUCAGAAUGUAUAAAAUGAUGGCUUCAGAUGAAUCCCAAGCCUUGGGAGGGCUGGCAGCUCCCAGCUGGAGCACUCCUGUGCCUGCACUCACACAUGGGUAUUAAAGUCAUUUAGCCAAAACCUUUUAUAGAGCUAUUUAUUAUAGUAAAGGAAAACCAGGAUUCUAUUAAGCAACCUUUUUUUCCCCCUGAAAUUUGAUCAGAGCAUUCCUUGAAUUGUUUCUCCUUUGCCACUUUCUGUCUUUCAGAUUCUGGUUUUCAUGCAGCUGAAGGGAACUCUCUCUUAAUUCUUGUUGAAGUGGAGCAAAUACAAAUUUGGGCUGGGGAGCUCUGCACCAUCAUAUUUAUGCAUUUAUGGAUGAUGUCAAUUGCUAAUUCUUUAAAACCUACCAGUAUUUAUGAUUUUAACUUGAAAACACUUGUAAAAAUGUGCCUGUUUGCAUUAAACUUCGUGUGUGGGAGUUGCAGUGAAAGUUUUCAAGGAAAUAAUGUGAUUUCUGACCUGGUUUUUGGGGUUGUUUAGGUGUUUUUGGGGUGAAAUGUGCUGUUCUGCCCAGCCUGUGAUGGGGGGAAUUUGUCUGGGGCAAGUUUGGUGAUAAGUCUGUGCUGGUUGCUGUCAAGACUGGGAGUUAAAAUGAGUGUGAAAUGUUGUUUUCCCGUCAGAAAUGCUGAAUCCCAGGGAUGUGCCCCUCUUCCACACCCACAAAUCACACACAGCUACCUGUGAGCGCUGGGGGGCUGCAGGAAACUCCUUAAGAAGCAAAAGAGAUGGAGCCAAAGUUGAGUUAGGGGAUCAAAUUCCCAGUUUUGUAUUCGUGGGCUGGAUGUGGCACUCAGUGCUCGGGGCUGGCUGCCAAGAGGGGGUCGGGCACAGGUUGGACUCGGUGACCUUGGAGGGUUUUUCCAGCCUUGGUGAUCCCAGGGUUGUGCAAAGGGUGUUCCUGCCCAGCUCUGCAGCCCCACCAGCCUUGGUGGGCAUUUGGGGCUCCUUGGGUCCCUCCAGCUGCAUCCAUGGGCUGAUCCCAUGGAACGACCUCCUUGGGUCCUUCCAGCUGCAUCCAUGGGGUGAUCCCAGGGAACGACCUCCUUGGGUCCUUCCAGCUGCAUCCAUGGGGUGAUCCCAGGGAACGACCUCCUUGGGUCCCUCCAGCUGCAUCCAUGGGCUGAUCCCAUGGAACGACCUCCUUGGGUCCCUCCAGCUGCAUCCAUGGGCUGAUCCCAUGGAACGACCUCCUUGGGUCCCUCCAGCUGCAUCCAUGGGCUGAUCCCAUGGAACGACCUCCUUGGGUCCCUCCAGCUGCAUCCAUGGGGUGAUCCCAUGGAAUGAUCUCCUUAGGUCCUUCCAGCUGCAUCCAGGGGGUGAUCCCAUGGAAUGAUCUCCUUGGGUCCUUCCAGCUGCAUCCAUGGGGUGAUCCCAUGGAACGACCUCCUUGGGUCCUUCCAGCUGCAUCCAUGGGGUGAUCCCAGGGAACGACCUCCUUGGGUCCCUCCAGCUGCAUCCAUGGGCUGAUCCCAUGGAACGACCUCCUUGGGUCCCUCCAGCUGCAUCCAUGGGCUGAUCCCAUGGAACGACCUCCUUGGGUCCCUCCAGCUGCAUCCAUGGGGUGAUCCCAUGGAAUGAUCUCCUUAGGUCCUUCCAGCUGCAUCCAGGGGGUGAUCCCAUGGAACGACCUCCUUGGGUCCCUCCAGCUGCAUCCAUGGGGUGAUCCCAUGGAACGACCUCCUUGGGGUCCCUCCAGCUGCAUCCAUGGGCUGAUCCCAUGGAACGACCUCCUUGGGUCCUUCCAGCUGCAUCCAUGGGCUGAUCCCAUGGAACGACCUCCUUGGGUCCUUCCAGCUGCAUCCAUGGGGUGAUCCCAUGGAACGACCUCCUUGGGUCCCUCCAGCUGCAUCCAUGGGGUGAUCCCAUGGAAUGAUCUCCUUAGGUCCUUCCAGCUGCAUCCAUGGGGUGAUCCCAUGGAACGACCUCCUUGGGUCCCUCCAGCUGCAUCCAUGGGGUGAUCCCAUGGAAUGAUCUCCUUAGGUCCUUCCAGCUGCAUCCAGGGGGUGAUCCCAUGGAAUGAUCUCCUUGGGUCCCUCCAGCUGCAUCCAUGGGGUGAUCCCAUGGAACGACCUCCUUGGGUCCUUCCAGCUGCAUCCAUGGGCUGAUCCCAUGGAAUCACGUCCUUGGGUCCUGCCAGCUGCAUCCAUGGGCUGAUCCCAUGGAAUCACGUCCUUGGGUCCUGCCAGCUGCAUCCAUGGGCUGAUCCCAUGGAAUCACGUCCUUGGGUCCUUCCAGCUGCAUCCAUGGGCUGAUCCCAUGGAAUGACCUCCCUGUAAAUAACGCACAGAGCUGGAGUUCUCAGAGUUCUGAGGAAUAAGGAAUUGCAGCAAACCCCCGUGUUGGGAUGGUGCAGGAGGUGCCAAAAUGCCUUUGCACAUUCCUUAUCCUUCCAUCUCUGCUUUUAGCUGUGCUGGCUGGAGUUGUUUCCUUUGGGACACGCUUUUCCCAGCUGGGUGGGCUCUGGCUGCAGUUCCUCCCUGCCUGCCCAGGGAGGCUGUGGCUGCCCUGGAUCCCUGGAAAUGUCCCAGGCCAGGCUGGACACUGGGGCUUGGAGCAGCCUGGGGCAGUGGGAGGUGUCCCUGCCAUGGCAGGGAGCUGGAAUUAAAUGAUCUUUAAGGUCCCCUCCAACCCAAACCAGUCUGGGAUUCCGUGGCUCUCCUGGGACAUUUUUGUGGCGGGUGAAGGAAUGCUGGGCUGCCUCAAAGCCAGGUCUUUUCCUGCCUGUCCCUCUUAACUCCAUUAUUCCGUGAUUUUGAUAGAACUUCUGAAAACUGACUUCAGUUUUCCUUGGAAUCCAGUUAAAUAUUAGGUGAUUAAAAGAGAAGCCACCGUUCUCACACUUUAUUUUUGUCUGGUUUAGCCCAACUGUGCAUUCCUUAGGCCUUUGUGCCUGGUGUGUGGAACUGUGAAUAGGCUUUUGGACAGAAAAUGUUCCUUUUUGGCUCUUUUUUUUGAGUGUAUAAAAGUUAAGAUUGCUGAGUUCUCCUUCAGUGUUAUUUUUUAAAAAUAAUACAUUUUAAUUUAAUAAUUAAUACUUUCUUGAUGCUAUUACCACUGUUUAAAUUACAGGUUGUGUCGCUCUUCUCCUGUUGCACAGUCUGUAUUGAGUUAUUCUGAAUGUUUUUAUUAUAAUAUGGGGAUGAAAUACAUGUAAAACUACAGAACAGUCAACAAUAUUGACAAUAAAUACAGUUAAUUCUUGUCAUUAA